UAUCUUUUCCUAGUUAGAAGCUCUCCUCGAUUAAGACGCUCGUAUUGCCCAACGGCUAUUAAGUGCCGAGCUGAUCCCAUAAGAAUCAGUGAUUCCCCAUUCCAAAGAGAUCUUCCAGAUCCAAUUUCUCCACAGUCAGUCUACCAAGAAGAUCUAAUGUUCUCUCUUCUUACUUCUUUGUGAUAAAGGACCGAGAAUAUCGUGCCUUUACCACAGCAAUACUGGGUAGCAAUGGCUGAGAAGCGUGAUUCAAACGAAAGUGCUUCCCAAACACAAGACUCGAUUCCAAAGGGACCCAAAAAGACGAGAUUUGUCAGUUAUCUAUGGGAUACUUUCGACAAACCACCGGAAGAGAGAAGAUUGCUUUCCAAGCUUGAUGCAGCAAUUAUAUCAUUUGCGUCGAUAGGAUAUUUUGUGAAAAGUAUUGACCAGUACAAUAUCAACAAUGCGUUCGUUUCGGGAAUGCAAGAGGAUCUCAGUCUCUACAAGAAUCAGUUGAAUUACAUCCAAGCGGCCUGGACGAUUGGAUAUAUGGUGGGACAGGUUCCGAGUAAUAUCAUCCUCAGUCGAACACGACCGCGAUAUUGGCUUCCUAGUCUUGAGGUUAUAUGGUCUAUUCUCUCACUGUCGCUAUCGAAAUGCAAUAAACCCUACCAGUUUUACGUGAUAAGAUUCUUCAUUGGGCUUGCGGAAAGUGGCUAUUAUCCGGGAAUUCAGUAUACGCUCGGUUCUUGGUACCGUCGAGAUGAACUUGGAAAAAGAUCUUGCAUUUUCCAAAUAUGCAGUGCACUUGGUCAGAUGGUCUCCGGGUACUUGAUGGCUGGAGUGCAUCACUUGGCUGGAGUGGGAGGAUACAAGGGCUGGCAAUGGUCGUUCUUGAUAAACGGUGCAAUUGCUUUCCCUAUGGCUUUGGCAGGAUACUUUAUUAUCCCAGAUGUCCCUGAAAUUACAAAUUCAUGGUUUCUCACUGAGAAGGAAAUCUCUAUUGCUCAGGAACGAAUGAGACUGGAAGGAAGAAAGCCGCGUGGCAAAUACACCAAGGAGAAGAUGAAAAAGAUCUUUUCGUCGUGGCACAUAUAUCUAAUGUCAAUCCUCUAUGCGGCCUUCAACAACGGUAUAGCGCUGUCACAACCUGUAUUCCAACAGUAUCUUCGACUCUCAAAGAAUCCCAAGUACUCAGUUGCCGAAAUAAAUGACUAUCCAACAACAACAUCUGCGGUACAGGUCGUAAUGACCAUUGUUUAUGCUUGGUUGUCUGAUAGUCUCCUUCGUGGAAGCCGCUGGCCACCCCUGAUUUUUGGUGGGAUUAUCAACAUCAUAUGCUAUGUAUCACUCGCAGUUUGGGACAUCCCAACUUGGUGGAAAUGGACUUGUCUCAUAGUUGCUGGGGCGUCGUAUGGACUCGGCGGUCUUUGCAUGGCUUGGGCCAAUGAAGUCUGCGAAGACGACAGCGAGGAACGCGCUAUCACGGUUGCCUCCAUGAACGAGAUAGCCUACGUCUUUCAGAGCUGGUUGCCGUUGGUUGUCUGGCAGCAGGUUGAUGCACCGGAGUAUAGAAGCGGUUACAUUACCCUCUGCGUGUCAUCUGUGAUCAUGAUAGCGACAUCUUUCGUCAUCAGGAUGCUAAGCGAUCGAGAACUUUCCAUCAAGAGAAUGCAACAAGGACAGAGAAACGGAAGUGAGAGCUGCGAGCAGUUGCAGCCCUAUCUGGAACAAUUCCAAAGCCAGGAGAAUGAGAAGCGAUCUGAGUUCCAAGAAUCCGCUCUUGAACUCGGUUCCAUGAGAGCCGGCUUUUCCUCUUCGUCAACACUGGCUCUUACAUCGUCGGCGCGAGGUAGAUAUUAUAGUAGUGCGGCCUCCAUAGCCGACUCAUCGCAGACGGAGAUUGAGAUGGAUGCAGGCCAGAAAAGGGCAAACUGAUGCGGAUGAAAGGACUGGUCCGAUCGUUGUUGAUGGAAGAUCCCUACAUAUUGUUAUUGGGCAAAACUGUAUGAUAAUGUGAACUUCGUAAUAUAAAAGAUUCCGGAACCAUAUCAGAUCACCGUCUAGAACUAACGUUAGUAAUUAGAAUACUCGAACU